ACUAAUUGUGCGUUUUUACGUGCGUACAAUACUACACACGUAAAAAUCUCACAUCUUGUAACAAGUCUGCCAACAAGCCGUUAACAAGAUGUAUUCGCACUGCUUGGCACAAGUUGUCAACAGGUUUGGAACAACUUGUUGACAACUUGUAACAACCUUGUCGAAAUUAUCAGACUUGUGGCAUGAAUAAAUAAAUAAAUAAAAAUAAAUAAACAACCCCCCGGUCAAUGUGUUCAAGAUGGCCUCCGGAGCGAAGCAAUCUAAGCUCGAAGUCACGAACGAUGUAAAGCUUGAGAUAACCGUUGUAGACAUGCACACUGGUGGCGAGGCACUGCGUAUUAUAACUGCUGGUUAUCCCGAAAUCAAAGGCGAAACUAUUUUAGCCAAACGAAAAUACGUAACAGAGAAUUUAGAUUACAUUCGCAAGCUACUGAUGCGUGAGCCACGAGGACACUCUGAGAUGUAUGGUGCAUUGUUAGUAACUCCUGAUCAUGAGCAAGCUGAUCUAGCUGUCUUGUUUAUGCAUAAUGGAGGUUAUAGUGUCAUGUGUGGUCAUGCUGUCAUUGCUUUGGGCCGUUAUGCUGUUGAUUCAGGUUUGAAUAUUAAUUAAGACCCCACCCGAGUGUGUUUAGAGGGGGGAGGGGGGGGGGGCGGCACAAGAUUAGACUACAUCUUAAUGCUUAGUAUUGACCCACCUAUCAUAGAAUAUUAAAUCUGCUUAUAGUAUAAAUUUGCGGACAAUUUAACUGAGUACAAUGUAAUCUUGAUAUUUCAUAACCUUUUUCUUAACUCUAUCCUGUUUUAGGCCUCGUAAACAUAGACACAUCAACAACCUGCAGUGUUCCAGUGAACAUACAGUGUCCUUGUGGUCUGGUCAAGGCUAUGGUAGACGUAACCAAUGGUAAAUCUGGCAAAGUAAAAUUCACCAGCGUACCAGCAUUUGCGUUUGCAGUCGACGUCAAACUACAAACUAAAUCCUAUGGUGAAGUCACCCUCGACAUUGGCUAUGGUGGAACAUUUUAUGUACUUAUCUCAGACAAGGAAUUAAGUUUAGACAUCAGGAAAUCAAGUACUUCCGAACUUACGACUGCAGCAAAAGAGAUUCUAGAAAUUUGUCGUGAGAAACUAACGGUCAGCCACCCCGAGGAACCAGAUCUUGCGUUUAUGUAUGGUGUGAUAGUCACUGAUGGCAAGGAUCAGUUUGCCGAGUUUAAAGAUGAACCUUCAUGUAAUAUGUGUUAUUUUGGUGAUGGCCAGGUAUAUAUUAAGAUAUGGUGAGCUUUAGGAAUAACAUUAGGGUGGGAAUUGGCCUAAUAAUAAUACAUAGUGUUACACAUUGUUACAUAGUGUUACACAGUGCUACAGAGUGCUGACAGUGUUACAAGUGUUACAAGUGUUACAUAGUGUUACAUAGUGCUACACAACCUAACCCCACCCCUAACCCUAAUUAACCCCACCAUGUUACAUAGUGUUAUGUAGUGUUACACACACUAACCCUACCCCUAACACCACCCCUAACCCCACUGUGUUACAUAGUGUUACACACACUAACCCUAACCCCACCCCUAACCCCACCCUAAAUAAAAAUAACUUAACACUUGUAACACUGUUACCCAAGUAUAUACCCGAUACUACACCCUAAAUCAUGCAUCACCAAUGAGUGAGAAACUCAAUAAACUCAAUUUAUUUCAACUCAAUUUAUGUAUUUAAAUGUUUGACAAGUUAAUAAUUAACAAAUUUAUCUGUGACCAAAACCAAGUUCUGCGUACCUCUAGGUGGAUCGGUCGCCCACAGGGUCAGGUGUGACGGCCCGUAUUGCAGUACAGUAUCACAAACGUCAAAUUGCUCUCAACCAAUCACGCGAGUUUGAGAGCAUUAUCGGGUCCAAGUUCACAGGUAGCCCAAUCCAGGAGACAAAAUGUGGUGAAUUCCCUGCAGUGUUGGUUGAGGUUGAAGGUCUGGCUAAUUAUUGUGGCAAAGCAACAUUUACUGUAGAGGAGAAUGACCCUUUUCAAGAAGGCUUUCUUGUCAAUUAAUUAAAUUUAGGUAGUUUAAUUGGAAUUCAUUAGUAAAACAAACGCAUGGAAUUAAUAGAUUUUUAUAUGUAAGUUAAGCCUAGACUUUUUUUAUUCAUUGGUUUACGGAUCCACCAACCGUGAAUAUUCAGAAAGUGAAAAAUAACUGAAAAAAUUGGAUGUUAACAAUUUUACGAUUUUAGUUAAUUUUGGGUUGUGACAUGAUGUACACGCCAAGUAAACGUUGACUCUAAGUACUACUGACUCAUGUUAUCGUUGCGACAAUCUUGAAAAACAAUGUUUUUUAAAAACAUUUUCCGACCUACCGACCUGUUUUUUUUUUCAAGUAAAAUCCGUCAACCAAUAAAUAAAAAAAGUCUCGUCUAACAGGGACUGUGAAUCAAUGUUCCUUUGAAUAGAGGAACAGUUUCACUUUACCAACACUGCAGAGUGUUUAGGGACCGGUCAUAAAGUAUUUACUAGGGGGUGUGGAGGAUAUUUUUGGGGGGUACGAAAAAAACCCAGAACCUCUGAGGGGGUACGAAUAAAAACAACAGAACUUAUAGGGGGUACCAAAAUCUUAGUACUAUAGGUACGGAAAAAAAUUACAUUUUAUAAUUAUUGUUGAAUAUUGAAUGUAUUUGUGCCCAGAUUUAAGUUUGGAAAGAAUUGUUUUAUUCCAAUUUAUUAUUAAAUCAACACAAAGUAUUGUGAUAUUUUAGUCUGACUCAAUGUCAGAUGAUAAGUACAGGAUUCAGUAUCCGUGGAACUUUCGGAGUACAAAUCUGAUACAUCUGAAUUGUCAAUGACAAUGCUAGCAAGCUCACACCAUUAGAACCUGUUGAUGAUUGAAAGAGGGGGGGGUAUGAAAAUUUUCACUUACAUUGAAGAGGGUUACAAAAAUUUUUCCAUAGGUUUUUGGGAGGGUAUGGAAAUAUGUACUUGAAAUUUCAUUUAUCCUCCACCCCCCUCUAGUAAUUACUUUAUGACCGGUCCCUUUUCUCCUGUUAACCGUUUCAUCCUGUAGUAAAAGGCUGGUUGACACUAUCGGAGUGUCUGUGAUCACAGUAGGAUUUUGCAUGAGUAAAUUCUAAGUUUUGAAGGAUUUGCAAGAAAUGUUUGUGAUCACAGAAAUUUUGAUUUGCGUAAACCAACCAGGAAGGACAAUUUAGAACCAUUGGAACUAUGAUAGUCAAUCUAUCCAGUCUAAACAAGUAUGGUGAAGUAACGCUAUUAUGCACUGCAAGAAAUUCACUCUAUUUAUCUUUACAUGUAAUUAUAUUUUACAAUAUAUUACAAUGAACUAAUCUAAGUUAAAGUUGAUCGUCUAGCCGCGUUGUUUAUGCAUAAUAGAG